UUGAUAUCUAUAUAUCCAUAUCCAUUUCUCCUUGCACACCUACCUAGGUAGAGAUCUACAGUCAUGGUGAUGGAGCUUCAAAGCCAGAACAACCCUUUCUCUAUUCACUUGAUUACCUUCUUUUUGUUUCUCUUGUUCCUGUUAUUCAAAUUAGUUAAGAAAUCGAGUUCCAACAACACCAGCAAAUUACCUCCAGGACCAAAGACACUACCUCUCAUAGGGAACCUACACCAGCUUGUUGGUUCAAAGAGUCAUCACUGCUUUAAAAAAUUGGCAGACAAGUAUGGUCCUCUAAUGCACCUAAAACUGGGAGAGGUAUCCAACAUCAUAGUCACUUCAAAAGAAUUGGCACAAGAGAUUAUGAGAACUCAGGAUCUCAACUUUGCAGAUAGACCAAACCUUGUAUCCACAAAAAUAGUUUCCUACAACGCCACCAGCAUUUCCUUCGCCCCACAUGGAGACUAUUGGAGGCAACUGCGAAAGUUGUGCACAGUGGAGCUAUUAACAUCAAAGAGAGUGCAAUCUUUUCGGUCCAUAAGAGAAGACGAGGUGUCUGAGCUUGUUCAGAAAAUACGUGCAGGUGCAAGUGAAGAAGGGUCCGUUUUCAAUCUCUCUCAGCACAUUUACCCUAUGACUUAUGCGAUUGCGGCACGAGCUUCUUUUGGUAAGAAGAGUAAAUACCAAGAAAUGUUCAUAUCGUUGAUUAAGGAACAGUUGAGUCUCAUAGGAGGGUUCUCUCUUGCUGAUCUCUACCCUUCUAUUGGACUACUCCAAAUCAUGGCCAAGGCCAAAGUUGAAAAAGUCCACAGAGAGGUUGAUAGGGUGUUGCAAGACAUCAUCGACCAACACAAGAGCAGGAAAAGCACCGACCGUGAAGCAGUGGAAGAUCUGGUUGAUGUCCUUCUCAAGUUUCGGUCGGAAAAUGAAUUGCAAUAUCCCCUGACUGAUGACAACCUUAAAGCCGUCAUCCAGGACAUGUUUAUUGGUGGUGGUGAAACAUCAUCUUCCACUGUGGAAUGGUCAAUGUCAGAAAUGGUAAGGAACCCUUGGGCGAUGGAAAAAGCACAAGCUGAGGUAAGAAAGGUGUUUGAUAGCAAAGGAUAUGUGAAUGAGGCAGAGUUGCACCAAUUGACAUACUUAAAGUGCAUCAUCAGAGAAGCUAUGAGGUUACAUCCACCUGUGCCAUUGUUAAUUCCUAGAGUAAAUAGAGAGAGGUGCAAAAUCAAUGGAUAUGAGAUACCAGCUAAGACCAGGGUCUUUAUCAAUGCUUGGGCAAUUGGAAGGGAUCCCAAGUAUUGGACUGAAGCUGAAAGUUUCAAACCUGAGAGGUUUCUUAAUAGCUCUAUUGAUUUUAAGGGCACAAACUAUGAAUUUAUCCCAUUUGGUGCUGGAAGGAGAAUCUGCCCAGGCAUUUCAUUUGCUACACCUAACAUUGAGCUGCCACUUGCUCAUUUGCUUUACCAUUUUGAUUGGAAGCUUCCCAACAAUAUGAAGAAUGAAGAACUUGACAUGACUGAGUCAUAUGGGGCUACAGCAAGAAGAGCAAAAGACCUAUGCUUGAUUCCCAUUACCGUUCGACCUUAAAAUUAAAUGUCAUAAACUAUUUAAAUUUUAUCUUUUACUAUUCUCAGCAUCUUGUAUGGUAAUUUGGGCAAACAAGAAUAUAUAUCUCCAAUGACUUUAUGCACUUCAUUUUCAUGUUCUCUUUAAAUAAAAUUUAUUUUCGUUGUUUGAAA